AACGAUUUCGCCGGUGACAUAUGAAUAUUCCAUUUCAGUUAUAGCAAAUAAAAUUAUAUGCUUUCUGACUGGAGAAACGAAGAAUUUAAGAUAUUCGGACAUUUUAGGGUUGUGUAUGUAUAUUCGCGAUUUCGGGACAUUGACGCCAGUGUUGUGAAGGACCAUGAUCAAGUGCAGUUUUGGAAGUUAGAAGAUAGUAAUCCUGGGGCAGCCCGAUCAGCUUCUUAGAGUAAGAGCGGCUGCUAAGCG